AGCUUAUAAUACAGUAACAACUCUAUAAAACUCAUUAAAAUUGUGUUUAUUGUUCACAGUUCACUGAGCUGGCUGCCAAUAUGUUGGUGUUUUCUGUGUUACUGGUGAACGUGGCUUUCGGAGCUGGUAAGGCUGGAAAAAAAUCUUUAUAAUUUCGAUUCUUUCUUCAGAUCAUUGUAUGCAAUGUGCUUAGUUGUACAAAGUAUUUCUUUGUCGAUAUUUCUUUAGAGAUUAAUAAUGAAGCUGGGUUCGUAAGCAAAAGGAGUACCUAAAAGACAGAUGAAUAACCAAAAAUUAGAGAUCUAUCCAAUUCGAACAUCGAUCAUUAAAACUUAAUGAAUGAUCGUUUUUACAACGCUUCUUUGAUUGAUUGACCUGUAGCUUGCUAAAUAGUCCAAAACAUUUUAUUAGAAACUGUAUAAUAGAUUUUUUUAAAAUAAAUAAGUAAGUAAGCAAUUUUUUUUUCUCAAGGCCUCGUCUGCAAUUUUGAAAAAGAUUUCUGUGGUGGCAUUCAAGAGAAACAGCCACAUGACAAAUUUGAUUGGGACCGUCGGAGGACUCCAACAUCGUCAGGUGGAACAGGACCAUCGAUUGGAUACGGGGGAAAAGGUAUGGAAAAUAAAACUGGUCAAAAGGAGAUCGUACUGAAAAAAGAAUACUCGUACGUAAUUUGUGUUCAGCAGCUCGAUUUAAAAACUAUUGUGAAAAUGUGGAAAGUGCUUCGUGUCUCAAACUUUUUUCAUUGUUUUCGUAAACUGGUGACAGUUCUUUUAUGAUGUCGAAGUUUGUCUGUAAUUUUACUCGUGAUUGACCAAGUGGACUCUCGAUUUGCGGUUGUUUUAAUUUCAAGCCCCAAAUAGUAACAAACCGAAUUUUAUUCCCUUCGCACCCUAUCAACGCCAUUAAAACCUUGGUUCUGGAUGUAACUUACCUAUACGAACAAUUGAAAGAAGAACGAGUCAAAAAUUCGAAAACUGGACAACUAUCGAAUAGACAUGUGAAAGCCGUUGACUAUAACCAGCUACCCCCUCAAGUGAGGAUGAAUAAGUUUGAUAACUUUCUUGGUAUGAAAGCGAUCAACGUGCCUUUUUCAGUGCAAGCUUCUUGUUUAAAAAUUUGCUGAUAAUAUAUGUACUUGACAACUACAACAAACAUGUUUUCUUCUUUCCAUCCGCUGUAAAAUUUCUAAGUGUAUUCGAUAGCUCAGUUUUGAAUUACGAUUUUUCAAAGCGAGUUCUGAUGCUCAUCCUUUCACCCAUACGAUAUGAUUAGAAGUCUCCACUCAAAUGCAAAUUAAGGUCAUUUUCAUACCCAUGGUUGAAAUCAAAGGUGUACUUUGUUGUUGUUGUUGUUUUUUUUCAAGGAUACUAUGCAUACAUAGAGACAUCCAGCCCUCGCAAACAGGGAGACGAUGCCAAAUUAGUGUAUAGACCCAAUCUGGGGAAUAGAGAAUCGUGCAUCUCGUUUUACUAUCAUAUGAAAGGAAAAGGCAUCGGAGAACUGAAUGUAAAAGUGAACGGGAAAAUAAUUUUCAAGAAAAAUGGUCAGCAGGGUGUAGACUGGAAAAAGGCGCAGAUCAAAGUGAAAGAAACAGCUCGAAUAGUGAGUGAGCCUGCGAUACAUCACAAUUAAAUACCAUUUAACAAUUAUUAAAUACUAAAUAAUACAUCUAAUAUCAAUAACUUUAUAGUAAUAUGCAAGAACUGAAAAACAAAUGAACUAAAUUAAAAUAUUACUGAAUAUUUCCUUUAUAUUUAUAUUGCAGGUUAUCUUUCAAGGAAUCCGUGGAAGAAACUGGCAGGGCGAUAUUGCUAUUGAUAAUAUUGAAAUAGUUGGUUGUGGGGGAGAAGGUAUUGAGUUAAUCUUGUUAUCGAUGAAUUUAUCUCGCAGGAGCUUUAUUUGUUUUGUAUUUUUGUAUUUGUAAGCGGUACUGGACGUCAGUCUAAAUCGGUUUGAAAGAAUCAACUGCGGUUUGAUAAAAUUUAGUUGACGCACGGGUUUUUUUCUGUCUCUAGCUAAGUUUCUUAUGUCAAAGCACUACAGCCUUUGAGUUCAAGACAGUUUUUACCAAACAGGAGCACAUCUUAACGGCCAUUAAUUCGUCCUCUUUGUUUAAGGUGGAGAGACACCCCCACCCCCACGAAAACCGAGCCCGCCGGUAUCUCCCUCCAAAGGUCAGUGAAAAUAUCACAUAAUAAUCAUUAAAAAUACGCGGUGGUGCAAAUAAGAAAAUAUACUCGCGGAUAUUGCCUUGAACUGAUAUCAUAUUUACGUAUGAUUUAUCAUCUGUUGGGAAAAAUUGGCAUAUGAAUCACAGGAAUGUUCUGUGCUAUAAUUUUAGGAGGUUGUGGAACACGUUCGUCUGUUAGGAUCGUCGGAGGCUCGACUGCCAAGCGUGGAGACUGGCCUUGGCAGGCGAUGCUACGAAGCAGCUUUGGUUAUCCCUACUGUGGAGGAACUUUAGUAACUCCAUUUUGGAUCGUAACUGCAACCCACUGUGUCAAUGGAAAGUCACCCAGUGAAGUUUUCGUCCGGUAACAGAUAUAUAAGUUAAUUCACUUUAUCGCGCUUUUCAACAUGUGAGCUGUUGGUUACUCAUUGGGAAUGCUUUUAACUGAGCUGUCAAUCAAUUUGCGAAACUUUUCGGAGACAAGCUAGUACACUGUUUAAAAGAGUUCAAAACUUCAUGUUCCUAGUAUCAAAGACUUUUGAACUCUAACUGGCCAUUUCUUUGUUUACGUUUCCUUUUCACUUGUAGUAAAACACCACAAAAUAAUAUUAACGAUCAGUCCAAGAAGUUUGCGUGUUCAUUACAUUUUUCUCUUGUCGUCCUUGGAAUAAGCGGUAAUGUCGGUAAUAAUGUGUUUCAUACUUAAAACAUUGUUUAUGGUUGUCUGUUUGUUUGUUUAUUUUGUAGUCUUGGCGCCCAUAGUCGUGUAUCAGAGGUUGACACUGAACAGGAUUUUAGGGUCACGAAGGUUAUUACACACCCACUCUACCACAAACCAAAAAGUUACAGCCAUGACAUCGCACUCUUAAAAUUAGACAAACCGGCUCGGCUAAACAGGUUUGUAUCAACGUACUCUGUAAUUUCUUAGAAAUGCGUCGUAUAAUAGAAUAUAUCCAUAAUCACAUCAAUCUGGAAAAUUUCGAACAUUCCUCAACUAACAGCUAUGAAUUACUCACAUUUUUUUAAAAUUACAAUCAGCGAUCAUCUUAUGAAAGCUCAUUUCUUUGUGAAUUAAUUUACGUGAAAAAUCUGUUACUUGUUAAACUGAGUGGUGAGUAUUUGCUAAACUUGAUUUAACUUUGAAAAAAUUCGUAGAAGUUAUAAUCACUUUUCCUUCCCUCCUCCAUAAAUAACUGUAAAUAGUUUACUUAAAAGUUAAUGAUAAAUUUUCCACCUUUUUCGCAGUUACGUGAAUACCGCAUGUCUUCCAGAAACUAUCGAAGCGCCCGUUGAAGGGAAACGCUGUUGGAUCACAGGCUGGGGUAGACUGUCCUCUGGGGGUGCCACACCGGAUGACCUUCAGCAGGUCUCUGUUCCAAUUGUUGGCCCCGCUCGCUGCGAGAAGGCAUAUCCAGAUAAAAUCCAUGAUUCAAUGAUCUGUGCAGGGGUGGAUGAAGGAGGCAUUGAUUCCUGUCAGGGGGAUAGCGGUGGACCGAUGGUAUGCGAGAGUGGCGGCCGAUUUUACUUGCAGGGUGCGACCAGUUGGGGAUAUGGCUGCGCUGCUGCGGGAAAGUUUGGUGUUUACGCUAAAGUCAAGUACCUCCUGCCUUGGCUCAAAGAGAAAAUGCGGCACAAUUGAAAAAAGAAAACGAGCUGAACAAAGAAAAAAUUUGACAAUUGAUAGUUUGAUUGCAAGUGUAAGCCAAUAACAUGAUACUAAAAACCCAAAGGAUGUAGUAACUGAAGAAGAUGCGAAUAAAUAUUAACCUAAUGCUAC